AUGUCCAAAUUGAACUUAAUAAUAUUCUUGUUCCUAUUUAUACAACAAAGUCAAUCAAAACAAGUUUCACAAUAUGGAAAGAGUUUUGUUUUAGUUGGAGGAGGUUUAUCCGAAAAUAACACAGUCAUUUAUAGACAGAUUAUUGAUAUGGCGGGAGGACAGAAUACAGCACGCAUUGGAAUUAUUGCAGCUGCUUCAGCCGAUCCGUUGGAUUCAUUCGGAUACUAUAAGACAGUUUUCCUAAAUUAUGGAGCAGAAGAAGUCAAUUUUAUUCCUGUCCACCUUGCUAAUAAAUCAGCAAAUAGUGACCCAGUUGUGGUCCAGCUUAUUAAACAGCAAACAGGGUUCUUCUUUAGUGGUGGUGAUCAAGCCAGAAUCAUAGAAUCAUUUUUUGAUAAUGGACAUACGUUAUCUCCAGCAAUGAGAGCAAUCAUAGAACAAAACAAUAUAGGUGUGGUUGUAGCUGGGUCAAGUGCCGGUACAGCUUGUCAGCCGUCGGCUGUGAUGGUCGAAGGUGGUGUUAGUUAUGAUGCCUUGCGUUACGGUGCUCACACAUCUUCAAGUCAUUCUGACGAUCUAGUAUACAAUCAACACGGGGGUACUGGUUUAUUUGAUGGAUAUAUUCUGGAUACUCAUUUUGGUAACAGAGGCAGAGAAGGUCGGUUAAUCCGCUUAUUGUCGGACACUCGACACCUCUCUAAUGGUGUUGAUUAUGGAAUAGGCGUAGAUGAAAAUACAGCAUUGGUCAUAACACAUGCUGGCACUUCUACAGCUACAGGCCACGUACUUGGUGAAUCUGGUGUAACGAUUAUUGAUGUUUCUAAAUCUCAAACAGAACCACAAGAUGGUGAUUUUAACAUAAGAGAUGUAUACAUUACUUUUCUCACCAGGGGAGAUGAAAUAGACCUAAACACUCACGCGGUCAAAUUUUCUUCAUCAAAAACGAAACUUGGAGGACACGAACAAUACGACAGAGCUUUAACUUCCAGUGAUAUUUUCUACGGAUUAAGAAGAAACGAACAUAAAUCUGAAUUUCUUCGAGUAGCAGCGAGUGUAUUUGAUGCCACAUUGGACAGGAGUAGUUAUGGUGUGACGUACGAGACAUCUCCACGUUUCACUGUAAGAAUGUCUAAAACUGGCAGUAACUGUGAAGGAUGGGUAGAAAGGCAUUCAAGUUUUCAAACCGAUUUACACUCUUACAAAAAUAUGUAUGUGGAAAUUACUACGGAUUGAUAGUUUGA